GUGGGAUUACGGCCCAUUUUUUCACGGGGCUUUUAAGGGCAAGCCCUCCAUCCUAGCUAAGCCAACUCGCUCAGUCCAGUUCAGGAUUACUCCCUCGUCGACACCGAGGAUACCUAUCAACCAUGGCUGGCUCCGCUCGAGCCUUCGUGGUUCUCAUUCUAGCCAUCACCAUCGGAUUCUACAAAAUCUACUUACAUGAUGCCGUCGUCCUCGUGCUAGGAAUCGGUCGAGUGGUUCAGCCUCUCGAAGACUUCCCAGGUUAUCGCUGCCAGCGCAUCCAGCACCCACUUUUGGAGAGUUGCGAGGACCUCUGGCUGGAUUCCACGAACCGCAAGCUCUAUGCUGCUUGCUCCAACCCAGCCGCUCGCAAGGCUUGGAGCCCCGGUGGAAACACCUACGACCUCGCAGGGCUGGCCGCAGCCGGCGGCUCCGAUCACAUCAGCGUGCUAGACAUCGAUGAACCGGGCUCCGACGGCUUGUACGGGGUACAUGCACUGGGUUUCCGUGAGGGAGCCAACAACCAACAAUUGCACCUGCAUGGCUUUGACGUGAAGCGAAUUGACCACGGUCGCCGACUUCGAUUCUGGCUGAUCAACCAUCGGCUUCCCAUCGACACUGCCACGGGGGAGUCUCUGUCAGACGCAACGCACGUGGGGGCCAACUCGACCAUCGACGUCUACGAUUUGGACCUCGGCAAUGCCCGCAACACGGAUCAUUUGGAGCACGUUAAGACCAUCGUCAGCGACGCCAUCAUCUCCCCGAACAAUCUGGUGGUAAUAGACGCUGACAAGGGAGACUUCCUGGUGACCAACGAUCACGGCACCAAAGUCGGCGCUUUCCGAGACCUGAGCUUUAUCUUCGGCGAUGGCAGCAUCGCCUACUGCCGUACGGAUACGGGGAAAUGCCACAUCGCCACGACGGACGACUGUUACUUACCCAACGGUAUCACCAGGGACCCUGCAUCGGGCCAUGUCUAUGUUGCGCACUCUGCCAAGGGUACCCUCGGGGUCAACAGGCUCACGGACGAUAACCGACUCGUCCAAAUUGCUGAGGUUUCGCUUACCAUGAGCGUUGAUAACCUGUCUAUCGAUGCGGAGGGCAAUGUAUUCGGGGGAGGUUUCCCUGAUGCAGCCAAGUUUUGGAAGGCCUGGGCUGAUCCCUACGGUACUUCGGCACCAUCGACGGUGCUCAUGAUCCGGAGGAAACAGGGUAGUCACGCCCCAGAGGACGCGUACGAAGUUGUCAAGGUCGUCGAGGAUGGCGAAGCAAGGGUCCUGCCAACUACAACAACGGCGAUACAUGACCCGAUCUCCGGCCGAUUAUUCCUUGGGGGAGUGACAUCGUCGUUUAUCGGGGUUUGCGACAGGGUUGGGUAGAAUAGAGUAGUCAUGACUCCACCAGUUCCGUUGCUGGUAGUUCAUAUCAUUAACCGAUAAAUAUUCCUGAGAAAGAGCCAUGAUAACCCGAUUGUGUGGGUGUUCAACA